CGAAAGGUGCUUAGAAAAAUCGACCUGCGCACAAUUCCUUGUGUUAUGUUACUAUACCUCGCGUGCUUCGUUGACAGAUCAAACAUUGGAAAUGCCAAAGUUGCUGGCUUAGAAAGGGAUCUUCACCUGAAAGGCAUCCAAUUCAACAUCGCCCUCAGCGCAUUUACAAUUACUUACGUCAUCGUCAAAAUUCCAUCAAAUCAUAUUUUGCGCAAAGUGGGGGCUAAGAUUUGGUUGCCGUUUUUGGUUUUUUGUUGGGGUGUGGUCACAGUCUUUUCGGCGUUCAUGUCGAACUACGCGUCUUUGCUUGCCGUGAGAGCUGUGUUAGGGCUUUGUGAGGGUGGUUUGCAGCCUGGGGUUAUAUUGUACCUAUCGUCACUCUACAGGCCUGAAGAGCUGCAGCUUCGAGUGGGACUAUCUUUUUGUAGCACAGCCUUGAGUCACAUCUUGGGUGGAUUCCUAGCGUUCGCAAUUCAUCGUAGAAUGGAUGGGUUUGCUGGAAAGGCUGCUUGGUCCUGGAUCUUCAUCAUUGAGGGUACCUUAACUAUCUUUGUUGCUGUCGUCGUCUGGUUCUUUCUAUGCUCAAGUAUCGAGACCGCUCCUUACUUGACCCCAAGCGAGCGCGAAUUCGCAGCCGAAACGCUGCCUUCUCUUGACAACGAAAGAAAUACUCUUCAUUCGGAUGAAUUCGAGUGGUUCGAAUGUAGAAGGGCAUUUUUGGAUCCACAAGUUUGGCUGAUCGGUCUCAGUGAAUCAGCUAUUUCCAUUCCGCUGGCAGCGUUAUCUUUCUUCCUACCAACGUGUAUGUCGUUGGUCAGCGGGAUGGGGCAUACCGGAGCCGCCGCACAGCUCUUCUCUGCAUUGCCGUACAUUCCCGCCUUGGUGACGGUAAUAGCGUCUGCUUUACUAGCAGACAGAUGGAGAAUACGCGGACCCAUCGUACUCGCAUGCGUGCCUGUAGGCAUCAUUGGAUACUUGAUGUUGAUCUUUUCAAAGAGCGCCGGAACCCGUUACGCAGCAUUUUUUUUCGUCGUGUCCGGAUUAUACCCUGUCAUACCCUGUCUUGUGUGUAUCAUUCCAAUCAAUACUUCUGGUGUCGUGAAACGGGCAACGUGUGUUGGAAUCCAGGGAAUGAUUCAGGGCUUAUCUAUCUUGAUAGCACCUUUCAUAUACAUAAAGGGUGAGCCCGAGGUGAAAGGCCAUAAGAUCGCGCUUGGGCUCGCCUGUGGUGCUUGGGCUCUGACGGCAGCCAAUGUGUUGUACUGCCACUUUGAAAACUCAAGAAAAGCUAGCGGCCGAAGAGAUCAUUUGGCGGCACAAUACCUCGAGCAGUUUCGCGCAGGGAAGACUCGUGCUCCAAUCGGGGACCGAAGUCCAAAUUUUUACUUUACACUUUGA